AUUACUGUCACGGAGGAUAAAUCAGCAGAUGCCGAAAUUGGACCUAUGAAAAAAAUUCCGAAACCAUUUUUUGGGGGCAGAUUAGGAUUCACGCAAAUAAGAGAAUUGGCAAAGUUUAUACUCACAAAUAGAUCCAAUUUCAACGUUGCAACAAUUACUUACGUGCGUGACUUUAGAAAAUUAAAAAAUUCAUCACUUUUUGCUUAUGAAAUUGAUUAUAAAAUAAUGUCAUGUCAUUUCAACAAGUCAAAUGGGAAAAUUCAGAGCAUCGGAAACUAUGUACGAGAGAACCUUUCCUUUGACAUUUCAAGGAACCUUGGUAACUGUACAGACAUGUCUAAAGCAG